AAACUACGGCGGCCAUUUUACACACUCAUACUUCAUUUCCCAGAAGUCAAUGCGACCAAAAAAAACAACAACAGGGAGUUCGACCAAUAGGACGCCGUAAUCUUCCGUAACACACGAGGUGGGACAAUGAAAGUAAACCCUAUGACUGCACGCUUGCUGUGGCACAUUGUCACAAUGCGUAAUGGAGCAAAGGUCAACCUUCUCCUCUGUGAGGGUGACAGCAUGUAGCAUUUUAACCACUUUACCCACACCUUAUUCCAAGUGUUUGUUGGGGACGGAAGCAAGGUCGAAGCGCCGACGAGGACCGCACAUUGCUCCUUGAGCCAUUCAGGGACCGUGUGGGUUUCAUUCACAUUCUGUGAUUUCAUUUUCACUCUGAGUGAUCCCCGAUCAGCCGACACCAUGGUUUCAGACAGUACAGCGGAGCAGCAGAAUGAGAUGGACCAGAAGGUGGCUGCAGUUGAAGCCAUAGAAGGAAAUGCGGACGGGGAUUUGGAGAUGGCUGUGUGCACUUCGGAGGAGCCGCCUGCCUCUGAAGGUCUCCGCGAGGAGCCCAGAAAGUGGAGGGGGGCCGUGAUAUUCUUGUGCUUCUAUGGGUUUAUGUCGUCCAUCAAGCCUGGAGAGCCCUUCAUUACGCCAUAUCUACUCAGCGCUGAGAAGAACUUUACCAGUCAGCAGGUGACCAACGAGAUUAUUCCGGUGCUGACGUACUCCUACAUGGCAGUGCUGGUACCCGCCUUCCUGCUGACGGAUCUUCUGCGCUACAAGCCGCUUCUGGUCCUCCAGAGCUUCAGCCAGGUGGUCAUCUGGAUCAUACUGCUGCUCGGUACUUCCCUCUUCGAGAUGCAGUUCAUGGAAUUCUUCUACGGUGUCACAAUGGCGUGCCGCGUGGCGUAUUCCUCCUACAUUUUCUCCCUGGUCAGCCUGAGCCUCUAUCAGCGCGUUGCCAGCUACUCGCGCGCCUCGGUCCUCUUGGGCGUGUUCACCAGCUCUGUGCUGGGCCAGCUUUUCAUCUCAGUGGGGCGAAUCCGCUACAACACCCUCAGUGCUAUUUCUUUGGGUUUUGUCAGUUUAGGUCUGGUGCUGUCGCUGUGCCUGCCCUGGCCCAAACGCUCCUUGUUUUUCAACCAGGCGCGCAGAGAAGCGGCCUCUCAAGUAGCCGCCAAGGCGGAACUGGACAAGAUGAACCCGAAGGAUUCCCAGUUGACCGCAGCGGUCUCCACGUGCUCUGCGUCCCGCUGGAAGGAUUCUAUCUUUGUGCAGAUGCUGAUGGAGCUGAGUACUGUGGUGAAAAGGCCCAACAUGCGACUGUGGUCGCUGUGGUGGGUGUUCAACUCCACAGGAUACUACCUGGUGCUCUUCUACGUCCACAUCCUGUGGAGCAAAGUUUACCCGGCCACUGAGAACAAUAAUGUUUACAAUGGGGCCGUGGAAGCUGCUUCUACCUUACUGAGUGCGUUGACCUCUUUCAUCGCAGGCUUUGUGAAAAUCCGGUGGAAUAUCUGGUCAGAGCUCGUCAUUGGCUCGAUCACGGCCGUGCAGGCUGCCCUGCUACUGCUCAUGGGCACGACUGACAACAUCUGGCUCUGUUACGUGGCCUACGUCCUCUUCAGAAGCUCCUACCAGUUCCUGGUGCCCAUUGCCACUUUUCAGAUCGCGUCGUCGCUCACCAAGGAGCUGUGCGCCCUGGUGUUCGGCAUCAACACCUUCCUGGGCACCAUCCUGAAAAGCAUCAUGAACCUGAUAUUUGCCGACAAGAGGGGGCUGGCUUUGGAUGUGCACAGUCAGUUUCUUGUGUACUUCAUUUACUUCACCCUGCUGACCGUCACCUACUUGACGUGCGCUGCCGUCGUCAUCUUCCGUCACUUCAGAAACCGGCCCGAGAGGCGAGAGGUCAGCCGGCGGCCCAAAUCGACGGAGCUCAGCGACAUGGUACCUGAGGCGCAACCUUUGUCCAAUGGCAAAAAUGCCAAGACAUAGCAAGCGCCACUUAUCGAUAUCCUCUAAUUGUUUUAAUGAGCCUUAAUCAUGUUCAAGUGCCUCAUCUUCUGGCUGAUACAAGAGCCUGGUUUCACCUUUUUGUAUUCAAUGCACUUCGUGACAAACUUCAGUUUUGUAGGACAGCUCAAGAAAUUCGGUGACACGACACCAGCAAGUCGAAUGUGAUCAUGCUGCUAUCGGCGUUAUUUGUUAAACCGUACUAAAAUGAUGCGAUUGUUUUGUUUCCCCUGGAUUGAUCAAUAAUCAGACGUUCACAUCGCAUUAGAUCCCUUGAGUGUCUUCCCGGCAUUGAUUGUGUCAGUUGCACACAUUUGUUAGGGUCAAACCGCUUUUUUUUCCUUUUAAGAUUUAAAAAAAAAAAAUGUGGGAAGAAAUUAUGGCAUUGUUUUAUUUAGACAUACCGCAAUUUCUCGUGUAUAAUGCGCACCCCCAAAGUUGACUUCAAAAUUCUGGAAAACCCUUCUACCUAUGUAUAAUGCAUGAUUUUGCUUCUACCCAUGUGAUCAAAAGUAUUAUUUGUAUUUUCUUCAAAUAAUCAUUCUGGUUAAGCACUUUAUUUGAACACAUAAUACUUUCUUUUUAUUUACUUACUCUUAUUUUGAAAUUCACAGCCCUACUUUUAUUUAGCAAAUGAGAAAACACACAGUUGUGCUCAUAUGUUUGACUACCCAGGCAGAAUUUGCAAGAUGUGUACAAUUUUUUUAAGAACACAUGAAGGACUAGGCGAAACACAUUUCAUUUUUAUUUUACUAGGAUUCAAAUUAAACUGUCAAGCAUUUCAGAAAAGCAUUAUCAUUAAACAAAACCUAACCAUGAAUAAUUUAAUGAUGGUUGUUGUUCAGUUAUCAGUCGUAUUUAAAAAAAUAAAAAUAAAACAAUAUUUCACAAAUUCUGCCUGGGUAUGUAAAUUUAUGAGCACUAUUGUACACAUAUGCAGUCAUAUGUACCCCUGUCAUAUUGGAAUGAAAGUGUAGGCUACACCUUUUUCAUAACCUCUAGAUGGCAGCAUGCAUUUAUAAAAUGGGAAUGUUUCAUUUUCUCCUUUACCAAUGUAUAAUGCGCACUAUUGCCAUUUGGGGAAUAAAAUGCACAUUAUACACGAGAAAUUACGGCAAGUUAUUUUUUGUUUCCAGUCCACAUUCCUGAAGUUUGUCGGGUUUUUGCUGACAGGAUGACUGCUGUGACGCCCACAAGCGCUUGUGCAGGACAAUUAUCAGAAUGCAAUGUUGCCAAAUGCAACGGGAACAUUUUUGCAAGGUUUUAAAACGUUGCUGCCAGCAAUAAUUAUAGGAAAUGAUGACUGUUUUUGAGUAGGAUUAUACAAUACUCGCUAGGAAUGUGAGAUUUAAAUUGUUACAAAAUAACCGAUCUGUGAGCUUGUCUGAAUGCUGUAAAACAAAAUCUGUUUGUUUUUAUUGUUUUUGUGUAUGUGCAAUUUGAGUAGGUAAUAAUUACAUUUGAUUUGUCAGACCGAGUUUGUGCACUGGCAUGUCCGUGUUGUUUGCUUGUUGAGCUGUACUUUCAGAAUUGUUUUGGGUCAGCACCCCUCGCGGUGUCUGCUUAUUUUUUGAAGGGUCUGAACAAUUUUUUGCAGCUGCACAGGACAAUAAAUGUUGAAAGCUGCGGUACGGCUUCUUGCUGGAG